GCCGGGGAACUCUGCGGGAGUCCCGGCCGCUCCGCUCCCAGGGACCCAGGAGUUGGGCCCAGCGUCCCAGCCGGAGCGGAAAGAUGAUUCCGGUGGCCGAGUUCAAGCAGUUCACGGAGCAGCAGCCCGCCUUCAAGGUGCUCAAGCCCUGGUGGGACGUGCUGGCCGAGUACCUCACGGUGGCUAUGCUCAUGAUCGGGGUCUUCGGCUGCACUCUGCAGGUGACACAGGACAAGAUCAUCUGUCUGCCCAGUCACGAACUCCGAGAGAAUUUAUCAGAAGCCCCAUGCCAGCAGCUGCUGCCACGCGGCGUCUCCGAGCAGAUGGGGGGCCUCCGGGAGGUCAGCGGCCUCAAGAACAACUUGGACCUCCAGCAGUACAGCUUCAUCAACCAGCUGUGCUACGAGACCGCCCUCCACUGGUACGCCAAGUACUUCCCCUACCUGGUCGUCAUCCACACACUCAUCUUCAUGGUCUGCACCAGCUUCUGGUUCAAGUUCCCCGGCACGAGUUCCAAGAUCGAGCACUUCAUCUCCAUUCUGGGCAAGUGUUUUGACUCGCCGUGGACCACGCGGGCCCUGUCCGAGGUCUCUGGGGACAACCACAAGGGCCCCGCUGCGGGACGGGCAACGGCGACCGUGGAAGCGUCCUCGGGGCCAGGAAAGGCAAGUGAGGGUGAGAAGGAAAAGGUGCUGAUGGAGCCUGAGAAGGUGGUGACAGAGCCACCGGCCGUCACCCUGCUGGACAAGAAGGAGGGCGAACAGGCCAAGGCGCUGUUUGAGAAGGUCAAGAAGUUCCGCGUGCACGUGGAGGAGGGCGACAUCUUGUACACCAUGUACAUCCGGCAGACGGUGCUCAAGGUCUGCAAGUUCUUCGCCAUCCUGGUCUACAACCUGGUCUACGUGGAGAAGAUCAGUUUCCUGGUGGCCUGCAGGGUAGAGACCUCGGAGGUGACAGGCUACGCCAGCUUCUGCUGCAACCACACCAAGGCCCACCUCUUCUCCAAGCUGGCGUUCUGCUACAUCUCCUUUGUGUGCGUCUACGGGCUGACCUGUCUCUACACCCUCUACUGGCUUUUCCACCGGCCCCUCAAGGAGUACUCCUUCCGCUCGGUGCGGGAGGAGACCGGCAUGGGGGACAUACCGGACGUCAAGAAUGACUUCGCUUUCAUGCUCCACCUCAUCGACCAGUAUGACUCGCUCUACUCCAAGCGCUUCGCCGUCUUCCUCUCCGAGGUCAGCGAGAGCCGCCUGAAGCAACUCAACCUGAACCACGAGUGGACGCCUGAGAAGCUUCGGCAGAAGCUGCAGCGCAACGCCCGCGGCCGGCUCGAGCUGGCCCUCUGCAUGCUCCCGGGGCUGCCCGACACCGUCUUCGAGCUCAGCGAGUUGGAGGCGCUGCGGCUGGAGGCCAUCUGCGACAUCACGUUCCCCCCGGGCCUCUCGCAGCUGGUGGGCCUGCAGGAGCUCAGUCUGCUGCACUCGCCGGCCAGGUUGCCCUUCUCCUUGCAGGUUUUUCUGCGGGACCGCCUCAAGGUCAUCCGAGUCAAGUGCGAGGAGCUCCGCGAGGUGCCCCUGUGGGUGUUUGGGCUGCGGGGCCUGGAGGAGCUGCACCUUGAGGGGCUCUUCCCCCCAGAGCUGGCUCGGGCGGCGACCCUCGAGAGCCUCCGGGAGCUGAAGCAGCUCAAGGUGCUGUCUCUGCGGAGCAACGCCGGCAAGGUGCCCGCCAGCGUGACGGACGUGGCCGGCCAUCUGCAGCGGCUCAGCCUGCACAACGAUGGGGCCCGCCUGCUGGCCCUUAACAGCCUCAAGAAGCUGGCGGCACUGCGGGAGCUGGAGCUCGUGGCCUGCGGGCUGGAGCGCAUCCCCCACGCCAUCUUCAGCCUGGGCGCGCUGCAGGAACUAGACCUCAAGGACAACCACCUGCGGUCCAUCGAGGAGAUCCUCAGCUUCCAGCACUGUCGCAAGCUGGUCACGCUCAGGCUGUGGCACAACCAGAUCGCCUAUGUCCCCGAGCACGUGCGGAAGCUCCGGGGGCUCGAGCAGCUCUACCUCAGCCACAACAAGCUGGAGACCCUGCCCAGCCAGCUGGGCAUGUGCUGCGGCCUCCGCCUGCUGGACAUCUCCCACAAUGGGCUGCGCUCCCUGCCCCCCGAGCUGGGCCUCCUCCAGAACCUGCAGCACCUCGCUCUGUCCUACAAUGCCCUGGAGGCCCUGCCUGACGAGCUCUUCUUCUGCCGCAAGCUGCGGACGCUGCUCCUGGGCUACAACCACCUGAGCCAGCUCUCACCCCAGGUGGGGGCCCUCAGAGCCCUCGGGCGCCUGGAGCUCAGGGGCAACCGCUUGGAGGCGCUGCCAGAAGAGCUUGGCAACUGCGUGGGGCUCAAGAAAGUGGGGCUCGUGGUAGAGGACGCCCUUUACGAGGGCCUGCCGGCAGAGGUGCGGGAGAAACUGGAGGAGGAAUGAAGCAGAGGUGGGCAAGGUUGGGGUAGAGGCCUUCUGGAUACUUCCACGCCAGAGUCUAUGCUGCUGUCUUCAAGAGAGGUGGCCAAGAGGGCCCGGGCCAAGAGAGGAGGAGCAGACACGUCAGCCUCGUGGGGUCCAGGCAGAAUCCUGGGGCUGGUCUGAGAAGAGACGGGAGGCCGUAGAUUUGGGGUGGAACGUCAGAGAGGGAUUAACUCAGUCCUUGGAUUCUCAGACUAAAACCACACCUGUGUCUUUGGCUGGCUGGCUGGCCUGC